AUGUCUAAUUUUCAUGUUGCUGUUAUAGCAUUUCCUUUUGCAACACAUGCUGGGCUUUUAUAUGGACUUGUUCAAAGGCUAGCAAAUACAUUACCAAAUGUGACAUUCACAUUUUUUAGCACAAAAAAUUCGAAUUCUUCGAUUUUUAAUUCACAAAAUUGUUAUAGUAACACAAAUGUUAAGCCCUACGAUGUCUCUGAUGGCGUCCCAAAGGGUCACGUGCUCGGAGGUGGUCUCGAGGAGAUUAUAGGAUUAUUCUUCAAAUCCGCGAAGCAAAAUAUUGAUAAUGCUAUGAUUUCUGCUGAGAAUGACUCAGGGAAAAAAAUUACAUGUGUUAUUGCUGAUGCAUUUAUGUGGUUUACUAGUGAUAUGGCUGAAGAGUGUAAUGUUAAUUGGAUUCCUGUAUGGACUUCUGCAGCUGGAUCACUAUCUGUUCAUGUUGAUACUGAUCUUAUUAGAGAAAAUGUUGGGAUACAAGGAAUUGAUGGACGUGAAGAUGAAGUUUUGAAUUUUAUUGCUGGAAUUUCUGAAGUAAGACUUGGUGAUUUGCCUGGUGGAGUUGUUUCUGGUGACCUAAAAUCGCCAUUUUCGAUGAUGCUUCAUAAAAUGGGAAAAACCAUAGGAAAAGGAAAAGCCAUAUCAAUAAAUUCAUUUGAAGAACUAGACCCUCAAAUGGUUCAAUAUCUCAAGUCAAAAUUCAACAAUAUUCUUAAUGUUGGUCCUUUUAAUUUAACUUCACCACCACCUUUAGCAAAUGUUGUAGACAAAUAUGAUUGUAUUGAGUGGUUAAAUCAUCAAGAGCCAAACUCUGUGGCAUAUAUUGGAUUUGGUACUGUUGCAACACCACCUCCUAAUGAGUUAGAAGCAAUGGCUCAAGCACUUGAAGACAAAAAAAUUCCAUUUCUUUGGUCAAUUAAAGAGAAUUUUAUGUCACAUUUUCCAAAAGGAUUCUUGGAAAAGACAAGUGAGUAUGGUAAAGUUGUACCAUGGGUACCACAAGUACAAGUUCUUGAACAUAGUGCCGUUGGAGUUUUUAUAAAUCACUCUGGAUGGAAUUCAGUACUCGAGAGUAUAGCGUCUGGGGUACCUAUAAUUUGUAGGCCUUUUUUCGGUGAUCAUCAUUUGAAUGCUUGGAUGGUUGAAAAAGUUUGGAAAAUUGGAGUGAAAAUUGAAGGUGGGGUUUUCACAAAAAGUGGUACAAUUGAUGCACUUGAAUUUGUUUUGUCAAAAAAUAAAGAGGAAUUGAAGGAACAAAUUGGGAUGUAUAAAGAACUUGCUUUGAAGGCUGUUGGAACAAGUGGGAGUUCAACUCAAAAUUUCAACAAUUUGGUUGAGAUUAUCACUUCUUGUUAGUGAAACUAUGAUAUAUUCUUGAAAAGGGGUUUCAAUGAUUAAUUAUUAAUUCCACUUUUUUUUUUAUAUAUAUAUGUAUCAAUUGUUAUCAUGAAUUGAUCAUCAAUAUUUGUCCAUGUAACAUUUGUUUUUUUGGGAAAACAUUUGUAAUCAAAUUGAAACUCA